CCCUCAACUCAGCUUUUGCUUUCCCACCCACACACUCAUUCAUCCUCUCUCUCCUUUCCUUGAUCUGAGCAGUGGAGGAAUAGCAUAUUGACUAGUGGCUAUUCCUGUAAACUCCUCCCUAUGAAUUAAAGACUGGAAAAGAUCAAAGAAACUUCUUUAUACUUCAGAUCUUCUGCUUCUCAACAGGCUGACUGCAGAAUUCAGAAAUGGUGCCAGGAACGGAAAAAAUUUGGAAGAAACACUUGGUCACAGCCUUCCCAAGGGUUACAAAGGAGAUGGCACAUAGGAGGGAGAAAUGGAAAGUCCAUGGUUCAACUCUAUUCCAAAUAAUCUUGUCUUUUGCUCUGCUGGGCAUGGUGAAUGGUACUUGUGGUUUUCCACCAACGCUUCACUUUGCUAGCCCAGAAUCAGUUUUGGACCAAAGUAUCUUCCCAGAAGGAACACAACUGAAAUACAACUGUCGCCCAGGUUACACUCGGAGUAGCUCCAGGAAUGUGCUUACCUGUAGAGAUAAAUCCUGGCAUUUUCUAAAUCCGUUCUGUAUCAAGAAACGAUGUGAACACCCAGGAGAAUUGAACAAUGGGAGAGUGAUUAUUAAGACAGACCUUGAUUUUGGUUCCAAAAUAGAAUUUAGCUGCUUGGAUGGAUACCACUUAAUUGGAUCAUCAACAAGUAUCUGUGGGAUUUCAGAUUCAAGACUUACCUGGAGUGAACCUCUUCCAGUAUGUGAAAUUGUAACUUGUCCGCCUCCAUCACCCAUCAGCAAUGGAAAGCACAACGGUAGAGAGGACAAUAUCUACACCUUUGGUUCUUCUGUGACCUAUAGAUGCAACACUCCAUUCUCACUUAUAGGCGAAGCCUCUAUUUCUUGUUCUGUGGUAAAUGAGACUAUUGGUACAUGGAAUCCACCUCCACCCAAUUGCAAAAUUGUCGUCUGUAAUCAGCCACAGAUUUCAAAUGGGAACAUGGUCUCUGGUUUGAGAUCCACCUACACAUACAAAGACACUAUUCUAUUUGAGUGCAAGAAGGGUUACCUUCUCCAUGGCUCCAGUUUGAUUCACUGUGGAGCUGACAAUAAUUGGAUUCCUGCUCUACCCAAUUGUGUGCUCAAUAGCUGCCUUUCACCACCACACAUUGAAAAUGCUGAACUUAGUAGUCCCCAUCUUGGAUAUGAAGGAGAGUUCCCAGUUGGCACUCUAUUGACAUUUGCAUGUAGGUAUGGAUACAAAGCCGUUCCAGAUAGGCCAAUUACUGCAGUAUGCCAGGAAGAUUUUAAAUGGCAAGUGGAUGAAGGAGUUUGUAAGAGAAUUUGUUGCCCAUCACCACAGAUUGACCAUGGAAAAUUCCUAGGGUUCACCGAUGAAUGUAUUCAUUUCCCAAGAAAUUCUUUUACAAUUCCAUGUAAAAGGAAAUCCAAACGGAGUAUAUGCCAAGGAGAUGGCACGUGGAAACCUGCAAUAUCCUCAUGUGAAGAUAAAGAAGACGAAGUGUGCAACUCACCCAAGGCUAUCCCAAAUGGGGACUAUAAAAAAACUUCUAGUUUAUUCUCUUCUGAAGUUACUGUGAAUUAUUCAUGCAAUGAUGGAUAUGUCAUGAUUGGAAAUGCAGAAAUUACCUGCAAGUAUUCACGAUGGUCACAUCCAUUCCCUCGCUGUGGAGCUCUCUGUCCAAAACCUGAGAUACCAAAUGGAAAACUGUCACCAGAGAAUACUCGGUACAUAAGUACUCAAACAGUCAAUGUCCAGUGUUCCCAUGGCUAUAAUUUGGUUGGUCCUCAAAACAUCACUUGCUCAGAUGACAGAUCCUGGACCCCGGAGGUGCCCAAGUGUGAGUGGGAAUUCCCUGAAGGUUGCGAGAAAGUUUCAGCAGGCUACCGUCUUAUGCAAUGCCUUCCAAAUGCCCAGGAUGUGAAAAUGGCCCUAGAGAUAUAUAAAAUAGCCCUGGAAAUUGAGAUGUUGAAACUAGAGUUAGACAAAAAAGAGGGUACCUAUCAGAAGCCAUCAUUGUCACCAGCACCAGCACCAGCACCAGCACCAUCACCACCAUCAUCACCAUCACCAUCACCACCAUCAUCACCAUCACCAUCACCAUCCCUUUGGAAUGGACUCUGAGUAUUAUUAUUAGUCCAUGACUAGAGCUUUCAUAAACCCACAUUUACCACUGAAGCUGUUCUUUAGAUAUGCAUUCAUAGAAAUAGAUGGCUGCACUGGGAAAGUUUGAUAAUGUACUUUAUGCUACUGAAAAUGAAAAUUUAAUAAUAAUUUGACCUAUAAUAGCCCAGCUUCUUAGAUUGAGCAGUGUGAUUAGUGAACAUAAAUAAACCUAUUGGAAAAUCA